AUGAGGAUCCUCUGGCUCUGUUUGUGCCUCUGGAGUGGUGGCAUCCUUUUGGCCAGCAGCCAACAAAAGUGCCAGCAUCACAGAGAAAUGGCCAAGCAGAGUGCGGACGAGAAUAUCGGCACCCUAUUCGAAGUAAUCCAUGUAUAUGCGGGUCUUUUUGGCGUUCGUAACUUUAUAACCUUCACGGGACACAUGGAUCUGAGGCCCUCGCUGCAGCAGCGCCUGAUGGAGAAGUUUAACACUCCCCUGUACGUUGUUGGAUCGAACUUGGGGCCCCUCAACCGUCACUAUCUGAAGGCUACUAAUAUAGUUAUCACUUUGUUCACUGGCCUGAGCGAUCCCACGCUUUCUGCCGUCAAUGACACUCUGCUCAGUCGGACAGGGUCCACUUUCCUCUUCUUCCAUCGGCCAGCCACGGAUGAGGAGGAGUUGCAGCAUCUCACGGACGAAGAGAUGCAAAUCUUCUUCAUCAUGUGCUAUCGCCGGCACUUUGUCCGCUCUAUUCUGAUCUUCAGGAGAGAGAACAAGUACGAGGCGUGGACAUACUAUUACCUCUCCAAAACUAUGACCAUCCACAAGCUGACGACCCGCGACAGCAGUUUUCACCAACGAUAUGCCAAAUGUCUCAACUCAACGGGAGACAGCAACGUGCCCGGAGGGGGAAACAUCUCUAUUGGCGGCACUUUGGGAAUUUUAAUGCGGGAGUUCAUGACCUACAUGAAUUCCAGCAUGGACAUCCUGCCCAAUGAGGGGCGGCAGAGCUCCGUGUAUCAGAUCGGGGACCACUCUGACGGUCGCAUUGUGGAUGUGGUGGCUAAUUUGGUGGACGAGAUGUUGACAGAUUCGAGGAUUUGUCUGGUGGUGCCGAAUCGAGUUCCAGUGUAUUCAUUGCUCGGGAUGGUCAUCUUUAUCAGCGUUACCCAGAGCUUCCUGGCCACAAGUCUAACCUCGGGGUUUUUUGAGCCAGGCAUCACGAAUGUGGCUACAAUGCGAGCCAGUGGCCUCCGAAUUAUGACCGACGAUCCGACUGUGCCGCAGAUCUUCUUCAAGAAUCGUCUGCCAAGGUGUCUAGCUGAUCGCUUGCGGCUCGUGGACACGGAUACAAUGAUCCAGCACUUUCUCCAGUUAAACUACAGCUAUGCCUACGUGAUGCGUAGUCCCAGCUGGCGAGUCCUGAGUCUCUACCAGCAGAACAUGAGGGUGCCCAAGUUCCGCAUGACUAAGAGGGAGCUCUGCACCAAGGCGCGGCUGCUGCGCCUGCCCAUCUCGACGGAGUCGCCUCUGAGGUUUGCCUUUCCCCUUUCUGAUCAUUGA